AUGGAAAGAAGCGGAGGCAGCCCUAAGGAUGAGCAAGGAAAGGAUGACGGGAAACAAAGGGACAAUACCGGAAUACUCAAUUGGAGAAAAGGUCUGCUGGACGGGAAGAACGUGGAACUGAGGACAAACUCCAACAAGCUAGAUCCCAAAAGACUAGGACCAUUCGAGAUCACGGAAAAGAUCUCCAGUCACGCAUACCGCCUGAAACUUCCAGAAACCCUGAAGAUCCACGAUGUGUUCUAUGUAGGAUUGCUGUCCAAAGCGCACAAAUCCCCAAGUCAACCAUUUCCCGAGAGACCCCCUCCUGAAACAAUAGAAGGGGAAGAAGAGUACGAAGUUGAACAAAUCAUCGACUCGAAACGCCAGAAAGGGAAAUGGUUCUACCUGAUCAAAUGGAAGGGCCAAGAAGAGAUCAAGCGUUUCAACCAAGCUAGACUCAGAAAGGCUCGUGACGCCGCCAAGAGCCUUUAA